AUGAUGUCCUGGACCUUGUUACCCGUUGCCCUGGUUCUGCUCUGCUCCAGCACCCUCUGCUCCCUGGGCUGUGACCUGACUCAGGGCCUGCAGGAAGACUUCUCUUUUUUGAACCAAAUAAGUGUAUUUUCCCUGCUGCCAUGUCUGAAGGACAGGACCAACUUCACCUUCCCAAAGGAAGCCAUGGAGGGCAGCCAGCUCCAGAGGGAAAAUACCACAGUCAUGGUUCAUGAGACCCUCCAGCAGAUUUUCACCAUCUUCAGCCUGAAUACCACUCCUGCUGCUUGGAAUCAGACCCAGCUCAGGCAACUGCUCAUUGGACUGGAUCAGCAACUGGAACAGCUGGAGCAGUGUGUUGGGCAGGAGGCGGAGCAGGAAGAGCCUUCCUUGGGAAGUGAGAACCCCAUACUGGUCCUGAAGAGCUACUUUCAAGGGAUAAGGGCAUAUCUGCAAGGCAAAGAGUACAGCCGCUGUGCCUGGGAAAUUGUGAGAGUAGAGAUCAGGAGGAUCUUCCUGUUCAUGAGCAAACUCACAAAAAAACUUAAAAAUUAA